UCUUACUUUCAUCAGCACUGUUGAAAAAAGAAGAAAAAAUGCCAAUGCUGCCUCCUGAAAUCAAACUUGAACCUUCUAAUGUCACCAGAAAUUCCCUUGACAGUUGUUUUCUUUUUGAGAGAAGUUGGAGGAAAGCAGUUUUAGAAACACAAAAGAUGAGGAAAGAAUACACCACAGCAUUUGGUCUAGAAGAAUUCAAAGAAUGUGUCAAAAUGCCAUAUUUACCAGGAUUGCAAAAUUGCCAAAAAAGUGUAAGUUCCACUCCACCAGAGGUUCAUAAAGGACUCCUGCGUGCUGAUACCGAGAUGCCGCCUGUCAGCCAUUCUACCGAGAACAUGUCGGGUUGCCUACAAGUAUUUUAUUCUCUGCAUAUUGAACAACGCCUUGUGAAAGAACAGUCUUGGCAAAGCAGGGAAGUACUAAUUUUUGUCUGUCUUGUAUAUAACCCUGUAUCCUUUUUUUAAAAAAAUCUCCAUAUGUGGAUAUUUGAUUUAAAAACUCUGAUAAAAGUUUAAUGUGUUUUUAAAUUUCUUAAAUGAUGAAAUUUUUCAGUGAAUCUCAAGGCAUACUUUGAUAAUAUAACUGAAAAUAGUCUCCGAGGUGAAGUGCAUUUAAAAAUUACAGCUAUCCUGCGGUAUGACAAACUGCCUCUAGCUGGCAGGCUAGCAGACCUGAAACGAUGAUUUGUGAGUUUAAUUCCCUUAAAUUAAUAUUAUGAAACUGAAGCAAUAUGACCUCUCAACUCACCAGUGUUAUCUUUAAAAGUUCCAUGCAGCCAAUACACAAAGAUAUUUGUUCUGAUAUUGGACACUGUUUUAAAAAAAUGGAUGUUCUAUGUUUUUUGAAGGACAUAAAGCCUUUCAUGCUAAGGAGAUGAAUCAUAGAAUUUCAGUUAUCAGUCAGUAGGUGGAAAAGAAUCUGAGGCGUGUCCGUAGGGACCACUAAAACCUUAUCACAUAACAAUCAUUAAGGCUGGUCUUGAGUUCCAAACCUCAGUGUGAAUACUAGGUCGACUCAUCUUGACUGUACCCAUAUUUGACAACUAGGAAGUGUGAUGUUGCCAUGGUAAUAAGUUGCUAGGAUACCUCCAAGCAGCCGUGUAAGCUGACUUCAUUAAACUGUAUCACAUGGAUUGAGAACUAAUAUAUGUUUUGAUUGAAUAGAGAACAAAAAAAAAAAAAGUUAUAGCUGACUUCUAAAGUUUAAUGAAGUUACAAGAAAUUUGGAAUUCUUAUGGGUUAUCUCGCCCACAGCAGAUUCAAUCGUGACAUAUUUCCUCUAAUAACCUACUCAUUAUCUAUAUCUAUUCCAAUAGGAACAAAAGUUAAUUAUGACAAAACUCAGAUUGUGGUAAUUAAUAGGUAAAAAGAGCACAAAUAACUGAUAAUUGGUAUCUGGCAUAUCUAGAUACCAUGUUCAUCUAGUCUUGAGUCCCUUCCUCUAGCAUUUCCUGAAUCAUGAUUCGUGAUAAGAUAAAGGUGGGAAAAGUCAGACCUAACACAAUUUUACCACUGGUAAAAUUUAUUAACAAAGAUCGAGAUACUGAGUUGGUUCAUAUCUGCUUCUGAUUGGAUUAUUUGUGAUAGAAGGAGUUUCCUUGAUAGAAGGAGUUUCCUUUCUUUAACGUUUAUUUAAUUUUCAUAUGAUGUCCUUCAACAAGUGAAUUUCACUGAAAGCAAGCUUCUUAUCUCUUACUGUAUUUAAAAAAAUCAAUGUACCCUGGAUUUAUGUAAGAGUGAAUUUAUGAUAAUAUAUAAUUUUAGGUUAAAGAAGACUAAGCCAGCAUGUACUGUGGCACUACUUCAGGACAACUCAAAAGCUUUGUUUAUAAACUUAGUGGAUGUUGUGUUCAAUAUAUACAUACCAUUAUUAUCUCAUGUUGGAGGAUGGAGGGAACAAAAAGUGCCUACCGAACUGAGAAGGCAUCUUGAGACCAAAACCCGAGGCAGGCAGCUCCACAUAAUCAAUGGAUCAGCUUAUUAUAUGGACUCUUAAGGCAUUCUAAUUCUCCUUCCAUCAAUUUUGGUUCUGGCUUCAGCGAUCCUCUCACUGGAGCACCAUCUCAGUACUUACAGAGACUUUCUAAAAUGGCCAUUUUGGAGUAUGAUACCAUUCGUCAAGAAACAACCAGAAAAUUUAAAAAGAGCAAGAAACAAGAGCCUUGAGACUGCUGAUUAUCCUUUCGUGGGAUGCUUUCUUCACUGACUUCUAAGGGAUUCAUUCUACAACCACUGCCAGCCAGACAGCAGCUCCGACACAGUUGCUGUUGCCUGCGUAUAGAAGUCUUUGGGUGUUAUUUCCUGUGACGUGCCUGGAAAACUACAGCCAUUCAUGCUUCAGUCAGCAAACAAGUGAGGACCACUUAGGGGGAGAAUAAGAGAUAGGUAGCUCCAGAGAAUAAUAAGAGAACUGAGAAGAGUACGGUGUCUCCAGGAUUUCUUUGGGUCUGCCUUUCCUUCUGUGCAAGGUCUGUGUACAUUUUAUAUUCCAAGUUCUUCCCAAGAUAACUUGAAGACUGGUGCAGAGGGAGAAGACCCUGAGCUUUCAAUCACAUCACUUGCAGACAACGCUCCACCUCCAGCCCCUGAGUACCACUCUGGCUUUUUGAAGAACUGGAGAGAACAUGCUUCACUGGCAGGUGAAGACAGGGAGGGGGUUGGAGCUGGCUUCAGUCUUGUAUUUAUUUUAAAACUGUAAAUGUUUAAAAUAUGAUAUGUAAACUUGCUUUCAGGCCACUUUUCAUGGUAGGCGGCCUUGACAGUUAACCAUUAGGUUUCUCUGGGACGGUGGAAACUUGUGUUCUUUUGGAGAAGACAGCAGAGAGACUGCUCGCUUGCUGGUAUGGGGGGCAAGGCAGGUGGGUUUGCCAUCUGCUCUCAGCUUUGGCAAGAUGGAGGCAUUGAAGGCAGCUGUGACAGCACUCGGGAGAAAUUAAACAGGAGAUAAUUUAUUCCCCCAACCUCAGGGCUUUUGUCAUGGUAACAACUCCCAGACUCGGUGGCUUACAGACAUUGACGUCUCCAUCGUGCUGUGGAAUGGCCACAGCUCUGCACUAGGCUGUGGGCUGACUAUAGGGUGGCUUCUAGCAUCUUCCUGUUCUGGGACUCGGGCUGCAGGAGCAACCCUUACCUGCAACCCACAGCCCUGUGACAGAGAACAGAAGCACAAGAGGCUGAGCUAAGCCGUGCAUUCUCCCUUCAGUCCGCUCCUCGGAAAUGGCAUGCGUCACGCCCACUUGAAUUUUGUUGGACAAAGCAAGUCACGUGACCAAUCCCAAAGGGUUGUGCUCUAAGGAAGGAGGAAUUGAAUACUUGAGCAUAAUAAUGUCAUCUGCCAGAGUUAGUCAUUCUUUUGCUAAAUACUUACUGAGGGCAAGCAUUGUGCUGGAACUUGAUCUAUGGAAAUAGAUCUGUUCCCUGCCCUCAUGGAGCUUACAAUCCCACUUGGGACAUAAAUGAUGAGACCAAAAAUUACAAUAAAGGCUGAGCCCAGUCCCAGAUUUCAGGGCCCUCACAAGGAUAGUGGAGGCUGCAGAGAGCACAGGAUGACUGCCAUAGGAUGAAUUACUCCAGGAUGUUACCAUAGCAAGACCUAAACAAUAUUUUUCCCUGGAUGGGAUAGGGAGUGGCGGAGAGAUUCUGUUCUUCAAAACUCUACUCAGGUCACCAGCCUUCUGAGGCUCUCUAUGGCUUUCUUUGCCGAGAUAGUGUCAGGCCUGGUAGGUUACCUGCCUUGACACCCUUUGUCCCACCUGCCACCUGUAAACCCAGCCCCACCUCCCUUCCCAGUCCGGUCAGGUCCUGAAUCAGCAAGGACUUAAACAGCUCCAGCUCCGUAUUCGGGGGCUGAGGACCAAGUUACCCUUGGCUGUUUGCCUCUCCAUGACCAGCUGUCCCAAUGUUAAAAACUGGAUUCCUGCCACAUUCCUAAGCUUUUUCUAUAACCUUCCAAACCCUUCCAUACCAUCACACCCAUACUGCUCUGACCUAACAUCCCAAGAUUCCAACCCAGUGAUUCCCUUCAUACCUGUUAGACCCCCAGUCCUGGGGUUCCUAAACACUCCCAUUCCCUCAACAUCUUCACAGAAGCUGUCUCUCAGAAGACUCUUUCCUGUGGGUGCCACUUCUGCAGUCCUCUUGAACUCUGGACCGGGAGACCAGGGAAUGUUCUCCUUACUCCCCACUGUGGCUUCCUAUACCCUGGUGUGACACCGUGUGCUGCACCGGGUCUUCUUUGUGGCACACGGGAUCUUCACUGUGGCAUGCUGGACCUUUAGUUGCGGCAUGUGAAAUUUUUAGUUACUGCAUGUGGGCUCUUAGUUGCGGCAUA